AUGCCUCGCAGCUCGGCCACGAUUGUUGCUGCAGCAUGGAUUGCUCUUGCUGUGCUCAGCAAUGAAGCAUUCGGCUUAGUGGACCUCUGGAGUGAGUCACAAGCUGUGCUCCAAUGCCAAACAAAAGACGCUCGCAGAUCUGACACGCCUCUGCAACAUCUGCUGCAGAGGUACGCACCGAGCCGCCCUACAUGAGUUUCGAGGAAGAGCGAGGCAAUUGGACGGUGACUUGCGCAAGCUUGGUGGGCUACAAAGUGUUUUGGUCAGAAUAUGAUUACUCUACCCACGACAAGGCUACGUACUGCCUUUGCGGUCACUACUAGUGAGUUUGACGCGCCGGGAGAUCCUGGCGUAUCCUGCCAAAUCUGACGCUCGCUUACCUUUUGCAUGACGAGCAGCACAAACGUUGAUUGGGGACAGAGAGUCAUCGACGUCUUGCGCCCCAAGUACCCCGAAUGGACCUUCAAUCGAGCUCCUAUUUCUGCUCCACGACCCAAGAAGGGCCCCAGACCAGGGAGCCAGUAA